AUGCAACCACGCUUACCGCCAAUACGCUGUACAGCUGGUAUGUUGCACCAAGAAAUGCGAAUGGGGCCAAUACUGCCUGCGGUAGUACCAACAGAACCAGCUUCACCACAGCGGUGGCAACGGGUAAUCGUUACUGUAAACCAGUUAGCUACUGUUCCACCUUGUGUUACCAAUGCAACACCGGUUGCAGGAGCUACGCUCAGCACACAGAAUACAGCAACGCUUACAUGGCCGGCUGCAGCAGGUGCCACAUCGUACGAUGUAUACCUGGCAGCAGGUGCUGGUACACCCACCACAUUGGUAGGCAAUACCACUUCAUUGAGCUACAGUGCAAGCGGGCUGACAGCAAACACCCUGUACAGCUGGUAUAUAGCGCCAAGGAAUGCCGUUGGAGCAGCAACCACCUGCGCAGCUGCCAAUACCACUACGUUUACCACGGCUGUUGCAUUGCCUGGCUGUGUUAUCAAUACAUCACCUGCAGCAGGCACUACGCUGGCGAGCCAGACAUCUGUAACACUUACAUGGCCGGCUGCAGCAGGUGCUACCUCUUAUGAUGUAUACCUGGCAGCAGGCACUGGUACGCCAACAACACUGGUGACCAAUACCACGGCCUUAACGUAUACAUCCAGCAGCCUUACCGCAGGUACCACCUACAGCUGGUAUAUUGCGCCAAGGAAUGCGGGCGGUGCGGCUACAUCGUGCGGAGCGUCCAAUACAACCACGUUUACCACAGCAGCGCCUACAGCAGCGCCAUCCUGUGUAAUCAAUACAUCACCUGCAGCAGGCACUACGCUGGCAAGCCAGACAUCGGUAACGCUUACAUGGCCUGCAGCAGCCAAUGCUACUUCGUAUGAUGUAUACCUGGCAGCAGGUACCGGUAUACCAACAACACUGGUGACCAAUACCACUGCCUUAACGUAUACAUCCAGCAGCCUCACCGCGGGAACCACUUACAGCUGGUAUAUUGCGCCAAGAAAUGCGGUGGGUGUGGCUACGGGUUGCGGUGCAUCCAAUACCACUACGUUUAGCACAGCAUCGGUUCCUGCCUGUGUAACCAAUUCGUUACCUGUCAAUGGAUCAGUGCUGCCCACGCAGACAUCGGCAAGACUCAGCUGGCCGGCUUCAGCAGGCGCUGUUUCAUACGAUGUAUACCUGGCAACCGGUAGUGGGGUUCCAACAGUCCUGGUCACCAAUACCACGGCAUUGACCUACUAUGCAACCACGCUUACCGCCAAUACGCUGUACAGCUGGUAUGUUGCACCAAGAAAUGCGAAUGGGGCCAAUACUGCCUGCGGUAGUACCAACAGAACCAGCUUCACCACAGCGGUGGCAACGGGUGGUGGAAAUAUAUCACCGGUAUCAAAUGCGGGCAGCAAUACAUCCAUCACAUUGCCUGUAACCAGCGUAACACUGGAUGGCACAGGCGCUGUUUCAUACGAUGUAUACCUGGCAACCGGUAGUGGGGUUCCAACAGUCCUGGUCACCAAUACCACGGCAUUGACCUACUAUGCAACCACGCUUACCGCCAAUACGCUGUACAGCUGGUAUGUUGCACCAAGAAAUGCGAAUGGGGCCAAUACUGCCUGCGGUAGUACCAACAGAACCAGCUUCACCACAGCGGUGGCAACGGGUGGUGGAAAUAUAUCACCGGUAUCAAAUGCGGGCAGCAAUACAUCCAUCACAUUGCCUGUAACCAGCGUAACACUGGAUGGCAGUUUGUCUUAUGACCCUGAUGGCAGGAUUGCAGAGUUUUACUGGUACCAGAUCCAGGGGCCGUUCACCAUCAGCACGCCGUUCUCCAUGACACCCACUGUUACAGGGCUUAGCACUGCCGGUAACUACAUCGUUGGCCUGCAGGUAAAAGACAAUAAUGGAGUAACCGCUUAUUCCCAGGUAACAAUUACAGUAAAUGCAGCGGGUGCAAGGAUAGCAGAUGCUAACACCCUAGUGGCACAACCUGUAAACGCGCAACUGAACGUGAGCGGGUCUGUAGUGGCUACCCUCAGUUCCACCAUUAGUCCUAAUCCUGUUAAACCAGGGCAGUCUGCCAGGUUGCAGAUAACCAGCGACAAAACAGGAACCGCUACUGUGAAUAUUAUUAACAGCAAUGGCUUUAUUGUCAGCCAGCAACGACUGAACCUCGUGAAAGGCAUCAAUAAUACCAUGCGGAAACCGGCGCAGUUUUCUUACCGGUACCCACAGGACCGCAUAGACAAAGGACGGCGCUCAUUCCCUGGGCCUUUGCUCUAA